UAAUACUAUAAUACUGACAAUAUAGACAUACUGCAGUACAUUACAGGUGUUUAAUCAGGUAAAUGUGAGUCAGGUUCUUCGGGUCCCGCCGGAUCUCAUGUUGGCCGCUGUGUGUCGCUUCGUGUUAGCUCGGGCUGUUUCGGUAAUUUCCGGUGCAUCUCUUUCCUGUGAGUUGAUGAAAACAAAAAGUCAGACGCCAUUUCUGCAGCUCGUCUGGAUUCCCGCUGUAAAGUCGCUCUCCGGGCGCUCUGCGGCUCCGCGGCGGCUUCCUGUCCGCCUCCUCGUGUGUGUUUCCCGGCCGGAGGUUCGGCGGCGGCUCGGCGGCGGAGCGGCGCUGCUCGGCGGCUUUCGGCUCCAGUCGUUCCGGGGAGAGAUGGACGAAGCGGACUCGGCCACGAAGGCGCUCGCGCUGGAUGAGGCUCCGGGGGUGGGAGGGGUCGGGGGGGUGGGCUCGGACACCGAGUCGGAGGCGGAAGUCACGACGAUGACGGUGAUGGCGGAGCCGGGAAACAUCGACAUGACGGCCGAGUCUCUGCCGAACACCGACGACGCCGAGGCGGCGUUCGCAGAGGUUACCACGGUAACAGUGGGAGACGUUCAGGCUGCAGAGGACAACGUGUUCACCACCACCGUCGCCACAUCAGGCAGCCUGCCGGACCACGUGCUGACGGGGCGGACCACCCUGCAGCUGGGUGAGGGGCUCAGUACCCAGAAGGCCACUCUGAUCGUGGUUCACACAGACGGCAGCAUCGUGGAGGCAGCCAGCCUGAAGAGCGCCGCCGCCGCCGCCAUUGCACCCGGAGUGCAGACCCCCCCCACCCCGCUGACGCCGGCCCAGGACAAAGACUCCUGCUCCAAGUACAACUGGGACCCGUCAGUUUACAACAACGAGCUGCCGGUCCGCUGCAGGAACACCAGCGGGGUUCUGUACAAGAACCGACUGGGCUCCGGGGGCAAAGGUCGCUGCAUCAAACACAACAAGCAGUGGUUCACCCCGACCGAGUUCGAGGGUCUGGCAGGAAGAGCCAGCAGCAAAGACUGGAAGAGGAGCAUCCGCUACGCCGGGAGACCCCUGCAGUGCCUCAUACAGGAGAGGAUCCUGAACCCUCACGCUGCGUCCUGUACCUGCGCCGCCUGCUGCGAUGACCUCGCCCUGUGCUCGAAGGACGGCGAGGCCUUCGCAGCAGAAAGCAUCAGCAUGACCGGCCCGGUCCGGCUCUUCGUCCCGUACAAGAGGCGGAAGAAGGAGGCGGAGCAGCCGGCCCCCCCUGACAAGAAGGAGGCGGGACCCAAAAACAUCACGCUGACCCCCGGGACCACCUUCACGGUGACCCCGUCAGGUCAGAUCACUUCAGGCGCGCUGACCUUCGACAGAGCAGCUGCAGGCGACGCCGCCGCCACAGCCAUCCUGUCGGAGAGCCCGGCGGCGGGCGAGGUGUUCGCCGGCACGGCAGUGCUCACGGCGUUGCCGGCGCUGGCUGUGGCCCCUCAGCCGGUCCAGGCCAAGAUGGCGGUGGGCCCGGUGGCUGGCGGGCUGGUGAACGGGCUGGAGGCGGCGGCGGCGGCGGCGGCGGGUGAGGGGGAGGGGCAGAAGAACACCUGGCUGUACCUGGAGGAGCUGGCCAACACGCUGCUCAGCAACGCCCAGCAGCUCAAAGCUCUGAUCGAACAGGCCAAGCAGCAGGCUGGCCCCGCCCACAGCCAUGACCCCGCCCCCACCCAUGACCAGGACAAGGCCCCGCCCACCAGGAAGGAGUGUGUCAGUCAGAUCUCGUUCCAGCAGCCGGAUGAGUCCGACACCAAGAGGAGCUCUGACAUCACCGAGAUCAUCAUCAAUCAAAUGUGUGUGAACUGCGGCCGCGUGGCGCUGAGCGAGUGCACAGGCUGCCACAAGGUCAACUACUGCUCCGCCUUCUGCCAGAGGAAGGACUGGAAGGAGCACCAGCUGAGCUGCUGCCAGGCGGCCGGCGGCGGCGGCGGCGGCGUGACGGGGCCGGAAGACGACGGCGUGCCCGCCGUGGAACUGGACAAGGUCAAAGUGUAGAGACGCCACACCAGCCUCACGCUCCACUAAUGACUCACUUCCUGUUUGGUGCAUCACUUCCUCUGAACAUGUCGGUAUCCGUGGUGUGUUGCUAGGCAACAUGUAUGCCACCGACCCUUGUCUUACCACCUCCCGCCUUUUUCCAAGAACAACAACAGCCGCUGUCUCCGUGUUUCCUGUCUCUGUGGAUCCGAGCAGCCGACCUGGAAAACCUGGAAGCUUAUUUUGUUUUCCAGUCGUGGAAACGCCCGGAAACCCAAACAGCAAAGCGUCGGGACGUCCUGCAGAGAGAACAAGUUGGGCUGAAAUGUUUCCUUGAUCCGCUGACGUCCCGGGUCAGCGGCGCUCACAGGGGCGGGCUGUUCUGAGCGAAGCGUGUUGUUAGCGUGUCUAUUUGUUUUACAUGUAAACAACAUGAAAACAUGUGGACAUGACCCGUGAACAGCUGAUGUGAACAGCUGAUGUGAACAGCUGAUGUGAACAGCUGAUGUGAACAGGUCCUUGAAAAAUCCUGGAAAAUGAUUUCCUUUAAGAG